UCCAGUUUAAGACUCUUCCAACCAGCCUUUUACUCUACAGGCAUGGACUGCUUUGGCCCAUUUACCAUCAAAAUUGGGCGCCGGAACGAGAAACGCUGGGGUAUCAUUUAUAAAUGUUUGACCACAAGGGCAGUGUACAUCGACCUUCUCUCUCAAGCUGACACAGACUCCUUCCUCAUGUCUCUACGUCGAUUCAUCGCCCGUAGGGGAAAACCUCAUGAGUUGUGCUCUGAUCAGGGUACCAAUUUCAAGGGUGGAGAUCAUGAGCUUAAGGAGGCCUUCAACAAUAUUCACCCUCAGUUACAAAGAGAACUUGCCAAGCAACAGAUUGACUUCCAUUACAAUCCACCAAACUCCCCACAUUUCGGAGGAUCCUGGGAAAGAGAAAUCAGAUCUCUUAAAGCUGCACUGUACACCACCAUUGGUGUGCAAACUGUCACGGAGGAAGUGCUCAGGACUGUCCUUGUUGAAAUCGAAGGAAUUCUAAAUUCAAAGCCAUUGGGAUACGUAUCCUCAGAUGUAGCGGAUCCUGAUCCAAUAACCCCUAAUUCUCUCUUAAUGGGCCGACGAGACUCUGCCUUGCCACAGGUAAUUUACCCUGCAUCUGAACUGCUCAGCCGCAAGCGCUGGAGACACAGCCAGAUAUUGGCAGACCAGUUCUGGAGCAGUUAUCUGCGUAACUACCUGCCCGGACUCCAGUCUCGCCAGAAAUGGCAACAAGAGAUAGACAACUUGACAGUAGGGACAGUGGUUAUGAUUGCUGAUCCACAAUUCCCCAGGGCACUCUGGCCUGUUGGAACUGUGAAAUCUGUCCAGGUCGGAGCUGAUAAUAAAGUAAGAGCUGCAGAAAUCCAGAUCAAAGACAGAACCUACAUCAGACCUGUUGUCAGAUUAAUUAAGCUCCCUUCACUUCCUGAAUGACUGUGAGUACUGGCCCAAGAUACAAAUCUGCAAGCACAUUUGGGGGCGGCUGUACUAAAAUGACGGCCAGUUAUUUAAUGUUCAUACAGUUCUAGUAUAUGUGUAAUGGUUAAUCGCUGUUGUUAUUUAGUCAGGCGUCAGUCACACGCCUAUUGUUAGGACCCAGAAGUCAAAAAAGGACCCGGACGCUGACGCAGUUUCAGGGCAGAUAUGAUCGCUAUUAUUAUUACUAGCGUGAGACGAUUCUAACGGUGAUGAUAAUGCCAGUUCUCCCGCAAUAUUGAGUUAUCGCAUGUGUGCGUGCAUCAAAGAAACCACACUUAAUUAAAUAUUGUUUGAGUUUGCAAUGGGUGGUCUAUGAGUGGUGAGUGCAUCUAGCUCCUCCUAAACGGACAUCAUCUAAGUUAAUUGUUCUGAUCGGACAAGUUUCAGUGGUUUCCACCGUUUAUUAAUUAGCACCUAAGAGCAGAACA